GUUACCUCACAACCCUCACAUGCACCUGUUUUUUCAUUAAUGAACAAUGACAACAAAAUGGAGUGGAUUACCAAUGUUGCCACAGAUGUUCUUAAUGCACUUGGCCUAAAUUCCUGGACAUUUCUUAGACAUAAGAUCACACCUAGCAGAUCUUAGUACUGAUGAUGUACAGAUAGAUGCCAUGAAGGAAGACCUGUCUUUCUCAUGUGCAAUGUGUGGGAAAACGUACAUUAGGAAAACUUGGCUUAAGAAACAUCUAAAGGAAAAGCACAACUGGAUCUUUCAUGAAAUUACAGAGUUAUCAGAUCCUGAUCAACCACUUACAUCCUUUCUAAGGAUGUCCCUACUCUACCGUGACACCUGUGAUGCAUACAAAAUGGGUGACGGAGACCGCAUCAUGCGUAAUGCCAAGUUUGAGUGGUUGUAUGCCUCUGCUUUAAGUCACUCAAAGUACAAGAUCUGGUUGUGGAGAAUGCUGACAUAUGUUAAUUCUAUUCUUCCACCUGACCAGGCAUUCGAGUAUAUGUGGAAUAUGACCGUAAAUCUGAAGGGCGGCAUUUACAACAAUAUCCCUAAUGACAAAUGUGUAGAACUGCAAGUACGCAACAUCAAGAGAGAACUCAACACACAAGGAGCAAAUAAAUCCUUCCAAUCAGCAAAAACAAUUUGCAUGACUACACAAGUCAUUGACAGCAUUAAAGAUCAGCUUUUGAGGACUACCAAAAUAGUGAAGUCGUCGAGACACAGACCGGAUGUUGAUAAAACAGUUGAUAUCAUUACUGUGGUUAAAUCGUUGAGAAGCAAAGGACCAGUGUCAGAUCUUUGCUGGGAGAGUUUCUCAAAAUUUAAAGAUCCAAUUCACCAAAUUGACAUUCUUAAAUUACAUGAAUGGAUAAACGAACAAAAGAACAUUGCUGACUUAUAUAUGUAAACUUAUUAGGGCAUAUCUAACUC